GACUUGCAGAUGGUUAACCUUCGUGCAUCACUCAAAAUAUUUUAUCUAAAGCAGCCAAUAGCUAAAUAGGACAGUUCUGAUUGGUCUUUUUGAGAAUAGCCCAAGGACGACACUCAUAACCAAAGGAGUCGGUAAGUCGAAGCAUAGAGAAAGAACUUCAGUGAAGUACAUUUUGUAAUACGACAACACUUAUAUUAUUAACUACUUAGUGAAUAACACUACUAUAAUUAACUGUUAAAUAAUAUUAUGGAUGUGCAAUUGUGCGAUGGUUCAUUGGGUGAUGAGAAAGAUGGUACAAACUCUUUGGGAACUAUAGUUACAGAAGAUUCUAGUGGAAACAUUCCAAAUGUAAAUUCAAAUAUAAAUGUAUAUGAUUGUAUGGAGUUCAAGCGAAAGCGCUCCGUUAUAAAAGAAAAGCGUUUUGUGAUAAAUGAUAUGGUUGAAACAGUUGAUUUUGGUCUACUACCUGAGGGUUGGCUCCAACUACGUCAUAUUUCUGGACUUAAUGUAUAUUUACACAGAUCAAGCCGAGUGGUGACACUUUCAAGACCAUAUUCUAUUGGACCGAGUAGUGUACGUCACCAUCGUAUUCCUGUAUCGGCUAUUCCAUGUUUGGCUUAUCGUAAAGCUAGUGGAAAAUGUUUUUAUCCAACUGAAUCUCAUACGAUCCCUCCAGAAUUCACUAGUCCAGUGAAUGAGUUAAAUAAUAAAACAGUAUGUUGUCCGUUUGAAAUAUCACCAACAAACAUCCCAUCUGAAGAUGUACAAACAGUCCAAAAAUUAGACCUAUCUAAUGAAUCGUUAGAAGAUGAAGUGUCAGUGAUAAAUAACAAGCAUGAGGAUGAGCUAUCAAUUAAUGGUGGUGCUUCAGUAUCAUUCAGUCCUAGUAGAAAUAACUCGUUUUCAUUACCUGAAGAUAACAAUAAUACCAAUCACGAUAUUGUUGAUGUAGUGAAAAGUAAAAAUUCCGAUAAAGAAGAAGGUGAAUUAUCUUCUGGUGAUGAUGAAAAAGAGAAUUCAUUUGAAGAUGAUAGUCGAGCUAAAAAACCACGUUUGAAUAAUAAUAACGAUGUUAGUGAUGGUGUUGGCGAAGAUUCAAUCAACUGUUCAUCCAAUGAAACAUCAUCUUUACAAAAUUCGUUACCUAAAGCAGCUGAAGAAGUGUCAAAUACUUGUAAUAACGUUCUAUAUAACAGAUCAACUCAUUUUGGAAAUAGAUAUCGUAAAUUUAGACGUGGUAAUCUUCUAACCAAAAGAUCUUGUUUAACAACAUCACCAAAUGUUCAACUGUCAGAGUCUGAUCGUAUAUCCAACGUAUCUACCAAUAAACAAAAUGAGGUACCUACUGGAACUCAAGAAAUUGUUGCUGUUAAAACUCAGGUGUUUUCUAUUAAAGACAAAGAAAAAGAAUCUCUGUUGACACCAGAUGAUAUUCGUGAAUAUUGUGGACGUCUUUUUGAAAUCAGAGUAGAAGAUACAGUAAUUAAAAGAAAUCGUGAAUAUCAUUGUACAACAGAUCUUACUACUAAAGAAUCAGAAGACAUACAGAAACCAUUACUGAUGAUGUCAGAACAGGCAAAAGUUAUUCGAUAUCAAAUACCAUCGACUGAUGGAAACGUUUCGCGAAAGCAGCCUAAAGAGGGUAUGAUCAAUAUGACUGGUAAAUCAUAUGUUUGCAUUCUUCAUGAGUAUUGCCAAAAUGUUAUACGUCGUCCGCCGACAUAUCAGACAACAGUUCUUGAAAAUGAUAAAAAUCCCUAUCAAAUGACAGUAUUUAUUAAUGGUAAUCCUUAUGGAACCGGUACAGGGCAAAGUAAAAAGUGUGCAAGAUUAGAAGCGGCUCGUAAGGCGCUUGAAGUUUUAAUUCCGGAUUUUCAAAAGAUUGUAUGUAACAAUUCACAUCAAACAGGUCCAGUGGUAGCCUCUGAUCGUGAUAUGCAGUUGUUCGAUUCCAUUUCGGUGACUGAUCCACGUUUAUAUGAAUUAUCUGUGCGUAUGGCAUUACCUACUCCAUAUAAUCUACUUGUUGAAUGUUUAAGUCGAAGUUGUGUUCCUGAGUCUGAUUUGAAGUCAAAUAUGAUAUCUCAAGGACGCAGUAAACACUUUUUCACUUUACAGAUGAGAGAACAUACUGUUAAGGUAGGCUUAACUAUUCCUAUAAUUAUAAUGAUAGCACUAUAUGUAAUUUACUUAUAACUUUGAAAAGACCAAUACAAAUGAAAUGGGAUUACAUCUACUCUCUGAAUGUGAAAGCCAUUAUUGGGAAAAAAUUUAGAGUGUUUAUAAUAAGAUAACAAUGUUUAUCAAUGUAUCACACUUGUUAAACUCUUCGAAUGUUGUACACUACACUAUUUGAAAACGUUUGGUAUAACAAUCUGUUGUCCAGUUUUAUGAGUCCUAUGUAAACCAUACAAUGUCAACAAGUAGGACAUUUUUGACUUUAAACAUUCACAAGUUGAUUCGUUUAUAUUUUUCUCGUUUAUAGCCUGACUACAAUUCUUAUUGGUUCUUAGAGUUUUAUCUUUGUUCUGUUUGUGUAUAAGAAAGCGUUUGGUAUCAUUUAGUCAUUUAAUUAUUUCUAAAUGGUAUUCUUCCUUAGUUAAAACACCUGUAUUGGAUUAUUUAUUUAUUUUAACACAAAGAUAUUGGUACAAGGAAGCACCAAAUACAUAUGCGCCACACAAAUCCCAUUUAAUUUGUGUGAGGGCUGUGAUACUGCCCGGGUGUCUAGACCGAAGCAGGUAGUUUUUUUAGGGGGCCACACUCGAAGCCUUCAACCUGAAGGUCUGAUCCACGAGGCAGUGGAGCAACGCCAGGAAAUGUAGUCCCAUGGUAGUCGGUGACCAACGAUUGGUUCAUACACCAUUUGUUCUCACAGGCUACUGGAGCCUAUGUGCACCAUUGGUUUGGAAUCGGGAUUUUUCCUUGUCCCCCAAGUGGACCCUUUGUGUCCACCAACCCAGUUAAAGCGCCGGACAUUCGUUUUUCGUACUCUCAAUUUCAUAAACAACACCCGUGGCGCGAGAAGGCAGUGAGUAGGACUUCCCUGGCAGAGGCUAUGUACGCGUGGCCAUGUGAGAGCAUUUCGAGAGGGAUAGUGGACUCUUCACACUCUCGGCCGUACCAGGGCGUUUGGGGGGCAUCCUGGAACCCUCAUGUGGUCUGUAAUAAAUAUAAAGAGGUUGAUUGUGUGAUAACAUAUUGGUUUACUAAACUCAUAAACUUGACACUGGAUCAACCUUUUCUGUCUUUCAAAUAGGCUUUCCAUCAUACAAUUGAUUAUACAUGCCUGUUACAUUACAUUUGUAAAAAUUAUUUUCAUUGAAUUAAAUUAGCGCGUAUGUGAAAGAAAUAGAGCAUACGGAAUAAAAUGAAUUCACUUCGUUCUACAAUGUUCGUUACUCUUGGUUUACAAAAGUAGAGAAAUACCUUACUCUUAUUAAUGUAACGACUUUUUAUAAUUAUUUCUUUCAUUAUUUUGAAACCUCCUUAGUAAAUUCACUAUUAUUAGUCACUGAAUAAUUAUGAUUGAAACUAACCAUCUCAAUGUUCAUAGGUUAGAUGUAAAAACAAAAGAGAAGGUCGUCAUUUAUCUGCUCAACAUCUUUUAGCCCGUCUACAUCCUGAAGUUAGUACCUGGAGUGGUCUUUUACGUAUUUAUGGUCCGGGUAGUAAACCAGACAAGCGAAAUGAGUUGGAAACAAUCCAAGAUGCACAAAUUCAACAGAAGUCUGCUGUAAAAGCUAGUUUAAUUCGUUUAUUAAAAGCGAAAAUGAGUGAAUUAGCUGAUCAGUGGGUAAAUAACUGUUUUCAAUAAAAGAUUUUGCUGUAAUAUGUGGAGUUAAAAUAAUUUCAUUUCAUUUAUCUUGAACUCCAAACCUUACUAUUUAAACUGUUAAGUUGUUGAAGUGGUUUUCACCUGGAGUUUUCCAGCUUGCAUAAUACGAUCAUUUUUAUGACUUUAUGUCUAUCCGUUUAUCUGUUGAGGUCUUUUUUGAUAGAACACCCUAAUCUCUAUUUUAAUAUCACAUUCUUAUCUAACUUACAGUGUUAAUUAUCUGGAAAAUAUGGAAUAAUAGUCUAUAUGUGCUGCUUAAGAUCUAGAUUACUAUUGUUUAUUUCGUUAUAUAGAAUUUUUCAGCCAUAACCAAUCCCGAUUGAAUGGAUUUAUUUAAGGAAAAUCAGUUGUUUAUUUCAUGUAAAUGUACUUCCUUUUAUAUGCCUACAUCUUACAUAUGACCCCUCUCCCUAAAAUAGUUUGAUAAAGUUUCGUAAUCAAAUAUUACUUUAUUGAUGCAUGUUUAUUUUUAACAAAGAACUCCACAUAUAACAUUCUGUGAUAACUACCAAAAUGUAUCAGAUGUAUAAAAAACGUCUACUGUUUGAAAUAUAUGAAUGAGGCUUUUAACCCCAUGCUUCAACAGACAGCGAGGCUCAACUGUUCGAAUCUGAGCGCUUUAACCAUUGAGUUAUUGCUUCAUUAUAAAUAUAUUUCAUGUGAUCGCAACAUUAGAUUUCAUGUACUUCUGGUAUGAUUUUUUAUUUAUAAAGCAACCAGUAGAAAAUCACAGACUAUUUAAUCACGAUUUGAGUAUUUUGAUGAUGACAUUACGAUGUGUUUACAAGUAUCCUUACUGAUGUAUGCUACCAAGCAACCAGUCAUGCUCCAUAUCCUUGGCGAAUUCGAUAAAUUAUCUAAACUGUUAUUUAUAGCUAACUAACUUAUAUAACUGUUAUUUAUAGCAGUGGUUCUGCGCUUCCACAUUAACUUUCGUUUCCAUGAUCAAUUCCAAAGUUGACGAUAUUCCCUAGGAUUUUUUAUUAUAGUUCUAUCACAUCUGAACAUGUGAACACAUAUUACGUAUGUCUUAUGAAUAAAUAAUUAGUUUUGUGUCUUUCCAUGAAUACUUCCUGUUAGCGUAGCAUCGUUGUCUGUUUCCCUAGUAAUAUUUAAUCUUUAGCGUUUUUUAAUGUCAAUUUUGUGACCAGUCCAAUUUAAUUAUUCGGAUCUCCUUAAAUUCCUUGACACUUUGUUUUGGAUUUAGGAAAAGUCUGGCGGAAAUUCGAAUCCGAAAGGGAAGUUUUUUGUUUCACCCUACAACCUUCCUGUGGUCGCUUUCCAUCCCGACUCUGAGGGUGACUUGUACAGUUCUGCACCGAUUGCAUCUUCUUCCUCCCCGCCCAUACUACCCCCAACAUCGGAUUAGUCAAUUUUGUAGUGUGAUUUUCAUUUCCAAUAAUAAAACAUUUCCAUUUUUCUUCCCGUACUGUUCACUGAUUUUUCUGUAUUUACUUUGUCACUGUACCGAAUAUAAGUCAUAAUAUUUGACCGAUUGAACAUUUUAACUUCAUUGGCGUUCAGGUGGAAAUUCUGACAGUAAGGUAGUUGGUUGUUUAGAUUUCUCCCUUUUA